UCUCAAUCGGUUGAAAUUCUUCUAGAGAUAUCUAUCUAUUUAAUCUAUCAUCGGGAAUUCCUUCCUUGGAGACAGAAACCCUAGCUUUCUCACACCACACUUACUACACAACUAACAGAAGAUAUGUCGCACUUCGGAAGAUCCGGUCCUCCGGAUAUCAAAGACACAUUCUCUCUUCUCGUUCUCAACAUCACCUUCCGAACAUCUGCGGACGAUUUGUUUCCCCUAUUCGACAAGUAUGGAAAAGUUGUAGACGUUUUUAUUCCCAGAGAUCGAAGGACUGGAGAUUCGCGUGGCUUUGCAUUUGUUAGAUACAAAUAUGCCGAUGAGGCCCAGAAAGCAGUUGAGAAGCUUGAUGGAAGGGUUGUUGAUGGCAGGGAGAUAAUGGUCCAGUUUGCCAAGUAUGGUCCAAAUGCUGAAAGAAUUCAGAAAGGAAGGAUAGAAGAACCAUUAUCAAGAUCACGAGGCAGGUCAAGAAGCCGAAGCCCCCGUCCAAGGUAUAAGGAUGACAACAGGGACAAAGAUGAUCGUAGGGCAAGUCGCAGCAGUAGAGGUGGAUAUGAUCGUGACAGUCGUUAUGAAAGAGAACGUGACUACCGUCGUCGAAGCAGGAGUCGCAGUGGAAGCCCUAGUAUUCGCAAAAGAAGUUCAUACAAAGAUGAAAGGCAGAGUAGGAGUCGAAGCCCGAGUAGAUCCCGUGGAAGUGCUUCUCCUGAUCGUCGUGGUGCUAGUCCUCGUAGGAACCUGUCUCCUCGCAGGUCAUCUCUAUCUCCUCGCAGGUCAUCUCCAUCUCCUCGCAGGUCAUCUCCAUCUCCUCGCAGGUCAUCUCCAUCUCUGCGCAGGUCAUCUCCAUCUCCUCGUAGGUCACCCCUAUCCAAGAGUGUAAGUCCUAUUGCUCGCAAUGGCAAAGAACGCUCACCCACUCCUGAAAGGUCACCACGUGGUAGGACUGCUGAUUCAAGAAGUCCUUCUCCUCGUUCUGACGGUGAUGAGUAAAGCAGCUAUAUGAUGGAUUGAUUUUCAACUGCCUUUCGGCUCAUCUUACAUCGUUGUUUAGAUGCAUCUCUUCUCAAAACAUUAAGGACAUUUUUUUUAUGUUACUGUCAGCUUAACUAAAUGCUUGAAUAGUUGUCGGGAACAUUUCAGAUAUUGUUUUUUUUGGUUGUUGUAUGGGAUGCUUUAUCUGGUUAGUAUUAGCUGUAGUACUCUUCUAUCCAUACAUAAUUCUUGUAUUGCUUAGUUUUUCUACAGUUUACUGAAUUUUGUGAUAACUGCUAUUGAUUGUUCUUGA